AUGUGCUCAGUUAUGUCGGCAGCGGGAAGUUCAAUGUCGAGCAGUAUGGAAUGCGUAUCAAAAAAACCAAAAACUACUAUUCCGGUUAUUAUUGUUGAAGAUCAUAAUGAAGUUCUCUAUCAUAUUUACCGAGUUAUUGGAUCAAAGAAAAUCCCGUUUGAAAAUGGUCUGAUGAUUCAUUUUGAUUCACAUCCUGAUCUGGUGAUCCCAAAACAUUUAGAUCCUGAGCGCAUUUAUGAAAAGGAUUAUGUGAUAAAUUGCCUGAGCAUUGAAAAUUGGAUUAUUCCUGCAGUUUUUGCUGGACAUUUUAAUACAGUUGUAUGGAUGAAACCAGUAUGGGCAUCUCAAAUAGAUGAAGGAAUGCAUAAAUUCAAAAUCGGAAAGGACGAAACUUCAAAAGAAAUCAAGGUGAGCUGCACGCAGUCGUACUUCGUGAGCGAGCUCUCCUGGUGUCCCGAAGCAGACCUCAAAGAGGCCCGCGAUGUCGUACUUCAGGUGUGCACCUUGGGGUCGCCUCCGGAGGUGGAAAAGGGCUCCCAGGUCACCCCUUGCGCAGAAGAACAUGGUGAGGAAUCGUCACCAAAGACGACCUGUACUCUUUCUGAAGAAGUGAAAAAGAAAAUGGACACUUGUCCAUAUGUUCUGGACAUUGAUCUUGACUUCUUUUCCACUAGAAACCCUUUCUAUUCUAUUUUUAAUGAAAAGCAGUUUGAUAUACUACGUAAACUGUACCACUACGAGCAUCCUUCAGAUCUCACUGAUGAGAAUCUUCAUCAAGUGACCGCCAAGAGGCGUGAACAACUGUCCGAGCUCAAGUCCAUCUUCAACAAUGUCAGAGAUGGUAUGGAACCGUCCGCUUCUCCGCUCCUGAGUGAAGUGGAACCGCUGCUGGACACUUUCCCGGAUCGUCGGCCGCCCGAUCCGGAUCUUCUAAACGAUGCCGGAUGCACGUGUGACGACUGCGAUCUCCCGCACCAUGUCUCUACGCCGGAUGAGGUGCGCCAUCUGGUGGAGGUGGUAAAAACCUUCUUGCUUCAAAAUCCCAAGCCCGCUAUCAUCACCAUUGCGAGGUCCAGCCGGGAUGAUUACUGCCCCCCUGAAGAUGUCAAUUUUAUCCAGGAAUGCGUCUUACAGAUGUUAGAAGAAGUUUAUAGUAGCAUAGAUGUCAGCAGGGAUUACGAGACGGACAACUCUGAAGAAGAAAUUGCGGAAGGAGCAACAGCUUAAAUUAACAAAAUUAAAUAUCACCUGUUUGUCUGAUUUUUUUUAAAUUGAAAUGUUCAUCCUAUUUUUCUCCUUUGCUUUUUUUUUUUCUUUAUAUUUCCCUCUAGAUUUUUUUCAAGCUGUAAACACUUUCUCUCAUACAUAAGUCAUUCUAAUAUGCGACGCAGUUUUGCAUUUUUGUAAUGGCUCAUAAUUGUUAUUAUUAUAAUAAUAAUUAUUAUUAUUGUGUGCGAAAAUGGGUUUUGUUUCCUCUUGUUUUGGACUUAAUAGGCUGAUUUUUUUUCAUUAAUGAAAAUAUCUACGAACUUAUAAAAAUCAUGAAAAUAUUCCAUCAGUUAUUAAUUGAUACAAAAUAAUGGUGAUUUCAUUUUUUUUUUUACCGUGAGUAUUUUU